AUUCCGUUUUACCAACAACCCUUACCAGACAUUCUAUUCUGUGACAACUUCAAGAUGGCUCCUUUGUGGUUAUGUGAUUUUGCAGGUUGCCAAUCUCCAGCCGUGCAGAGGGCCGGUGACUGCUUGCUUUGUGACAGACAUCUUUGUCGGACUCACUUGCAAGACCAGUGGCACACAUGCCCGAAACCUGAGGUAUGUAGAUACCUGCCUUAUAUUCAAAUUCCUACUAGAUGAGGC